AUGGCGCCGAGUGCCCGACAUUCAAUUUCGAGACCGUCACGCAAAGGAUCAAGAACUUCCAAGACAACUGCCCCCGAUUCCCCAGAGGGACCCCCUGCGAAGAAACGAAAGUACAUUCCCGGUGGCCCUGGCGGCGGAGGAAGGUUUAUUGAAGUCGAAGCUGCCGCAGCAGCUGCCGCCGCAGCAGCAGAAGAAUCUCUCAAGAAAACACCUGCACCACGAAGGCCCUCCAGUGCCCGGAGUCAACCACCCGAGAUGGAACACUCACUACUAGCCCCUCCUCCACCCCCGAUCAUCCCAACAACACCGCCCUCCAUGUCGCGUCCCAGGCGCGAUAAGAACCAAAACCGCGGUCGUUUCCCCUCAUCCACAGCGGCUGCUCUGGCUUUGCAACAAGGCGAUGGGUACAAACCCCGCGAAGAACGUGGGUGGGAAGAGUUUCAUCCUGACCUGGACAUCGAUGGUCAACUUGCUGUCUUCACCUCAGAGGAGGUUGACGCACCAGAUACCUCCACACCCAAUGUGACCCUCGAAUCACUAGCUGGCGCCACUGUUUCAGACCAUUCAGGGUCGCCAGUGGUGGUCUCAAGUGAGACGGCUUCUCCAAUCCCAAUUAAGCGCAGGCCUGGUCGUCCACCACGUCGCCCCGAGGCUAUUCUAAAUGCGCUCCUCGCCCAGCAAGGGCAGAAAGUUAUACCACCUCCAGGUCCCAAUCCGCGGGAGAAGUUAACACUACCUAAGCCUUCGUUCAGACUGCGCGAUCCAUUUACGUUUUAUGAGAAGAAGGGCGUUGGUCAUCAGAACUACGUAGAUCGUACCAUGGCCAAUGUUGGAUACCAAGAGACCGAUCUUUUCCUCCGCCACGACCGGCGCUUCAUUCGAAUGACCGAAGGCACACAAGAAGACGACCUGGAUGUCAUCCAACCUGCCAUGACAGACGGAGAUGUCAACACAACCACCGGACGUGUCGAGUAUGAUAUGGACGAACAGGACGAAAAGUGGUUGGAUGAAUACAACGCGAAGCGCCGUGAAGACCAGCUGGAGCCUAUCAAGCCUGCCAUAUUUGAAAUAACCAUGACCAAAAUCGAAAGAGAGUGGCAUGCUCUGGAAAAGCGAAUUCCGAAGCCAAACCCAAAACCGCCUCAGACAGGGCGACCUCGCUCCAGCUCCGCCGCCGCGGUCAAUGGAGAAACUGCCGGACCAGGCGAAGAGCAGGACAGCAAAUGCGCCAUUUGCGAUGACGGUGAUUGCGAGAAUUCGAACGCUAUUGUGUUCUGCGAUGGAUGCGAUCUUGCAGUGCACCAAGAGUGCUAUGGUGUGCCUUUCAUCCCUGAAGGCCAAUGGCUUUGCCGCAAGUGCCAGCUGCUGGGAAGAGGGUCUACCAACUGUAUCUUCUGUCCCAACACCGAGGGUGCAUUCAAGCAGACGACCUCUUCGAAAUGGGCCCAUUUGCUUUGCUCUCUUUGGAUUCCCGAGGUCUCAAUCGGCAAUCCGUCUCUCAUGGAGCCAGUGACGGAUGUUGAAAAGGUUCCACGCAGCCGCUGGAAGCUCAACUGCUAUAUCUGCAAGCAGAAAAUGGGUGCAUCUAUUCAAUGCAGCAAUAAAAAUUGUUACCUCGCCUUCCACGUUUCAUGUGCGCGCAGAGCCCAGCUUUAUCUGAAGAUGAAGAUUGGACAUGGCCUGAUGGAUUCUCAUCUUCUGAAGGCUUUCUGCGACAAGCAUGUUCCGCCUGACUGGCGCUUGGAGCAUGGUACUGAUAUUGCGACUGCUGAUGCCAUGGAAUACUAUCAAAAUACCAUGCAGGGUCGCCGCUGGGGUGAUAGCCAGGCUGCCGCACUGUCCAUGGGUCCGGCACACCCGGUUGAAGGUGGAGAUGAGGACCGUACCAUGACCCCUCGCCUCACUUUGACUGUGGGAGGUAACAAGCGCAAGCGUGUUCCCCGCAUGAUCUGGAAGCUCCCUUCUGGUGCUCCAGUGAUUCCUCAGGUCGUUCUGAACUCAGUCAUAGCCACACUUGGCCGUUUCACCGUUCGACAAAGAAAACAAUACGCCGAGGAUGCAUCGAAAUACUGGACAUUAAAACGUGAGGCGAGACGUGGUGCUGCCUUGCUCAAGAGACUUCAACUUCAACUGGAGACAUUCUCUUCGAUGGAAAUGACGCGCAGGGACUACGUUGCCAUGGGAGUUCCUGGGUAUAAGCGUCUGACGCGCCGCAUCGAGUUCGGAGACCGACUUUAUAAAGACCUUGAUAAGUUGAGGAUGCUAUGCGACGAGGUCAAAAAGCGUGAAAAGGAGAAGUUGAAGGAUGCCGAGAUGCUUCGCAACAUCGUUGAUCUUGUUUACUUCCCUGUCUUCCCUCUGCUUUGGCCAAUCCUCGAGAAAGCCCAAUUACUAGAUGGAAAGGGUGUUUUUGCAAUGGGCUUGCUGUCAAUCCGGGAGAGACUCAAUCAGCGAUUCUACCCCUCUGUCGCUGCCUUUUCUUCCGACUUAGCCAGUCUUUUCACAUCGGAGAUUGGUGUGGAGCCUGCUGGUGAUACCGCCGAGCUUCAGGCUCAGAUAAGCGGUCGUGCUCCGGAGCUCAGUCUGGAGCAGCGCGAGAAGAGAAAACUUGCCAAGCGCAUCAUCAAGGUCAUCCAACCUUCCUUGGAGGAUGCGAUCCGGAAGGAGAGCGAGCUCAACCGCAAGCCUUUCGAAAAAGAAUUGAAGGAGCUGGACGUUAUUCUGGACCAGAGUGUUAUGUCUCGUGGUGGUUAUAGUGUUGAGCCAGAAGGUGAUAGCGAACUACCUGUUGACCCUGAUGCCAUGGAGGGAGUUGAGCAAACCGGCCCUGCGACAGAAGCUCAGACCGAGGCCCAGACCGCCCCAGAUCAGCCACCCGAAGCACCUGAUGCUAAUGGGGCACCAUCUACACAAGAACCCCCGACCAAUGCCCCUGCAUAUUAUCGACACCCUACACCAGUCUUGACAGAGCAAGAUCAACAGCUCCCACUGGCUGUGGGUGGUAUCCAAUGGUACAUGCAGCCAUUUGAUCCUGUUGGAACCACUAUUCAUGAAGAACGAUGGACAGGGCGUGAUGUCAUGCGUGGCAUGAGUGAAGAGCUCAGUGAUAUGGACGAAGAAGAACUCGAGGGAUUGAAAGAUAUGGUUGAUGAUGGCAACAUAGGUGUAGCAAGCAAAGCCGGCAAAGCUACCACUACUUCCAAUGGCGCCCAGCCCCCGCUUGCUUCACAGCAAAACCAUCGCCAAUCUCGACGCUUGCGCACACGGUAA